AGGUCACAUGGGAUGUGAAUUGACGGUUGAAGAGUUUUACUUGGUUAAUUCGGCAUGAUCAGGAGAGCGGUCGGAGCAUUCCAAGGGUUUCGUUGUUGAAUAAGCGUGAUCGCUGAAGUUUAAUUCACACGAAAACUGCCAUAAGAAACCUCAAACUUUAUGAAUGAAAUAGGUUGAUUGGCGGUAUACUAAACAUUGAAUCCUAGUUACAAACGGACGGGUUUGAACAUACAAAGACCAUUGUGCUAGGCCCUUGUUUAGAGACAAAGGAAACAAUUUCUUUGCGAUGUUGGUAACCGUUUGCUAAUCCAAAAACAAGAUGGAAUCAACAGGCAAUUCUGGGCAAAUUCUCGAUUCAGCAGCCAGUGCCUCGACCGUUCAGGGAAAUCUGGAAAAUGACGGUGUCAAGACAGCGAAAGAAAGCGAGCACGUCAAACGUCCUAUGAAUUCAUUUAUGGUGUGGUCUCGAAUGAAACGACAGCAACUCGCACAGGAAAACCCAAAAAUGCAUAACAGUGAGAUAAGCAGGCGUCUUGGUCUAGAGUGGAAACAGCUAACGGAAGAGCAGAAAAGACCAUUCGUCGAAGAAGCGAAAAGAAUUCGAGCCGAUCAUAUGCGAGAGCAUCCCGAUUACAAGUACAAACCACGCCGAAGGAACAAAGCCGUAAUGAGGGCGAACGAUAAGCGACCAGAACGAACAAUGCUAUUGAUGAGUCCGGGGGGCACUAUCCCAUCUUUUGAUCCUUCCAAAUUAGGUUUAUCGGGGGUAACAGUAUCAAAUAACAACGUUUUUAGUUACCCAAUGUCGUCGUUUUUACAAACUUUCAUGAAUGGAGAUGGGAGUAAUAGGCCACUUUUUAGUCUUGGUUUCCCCAUGAUGAGUCCAACAAUGACUGAUGUCAAUGGGCAGACGUCAUCAGGAAUUUCUGCUGUUCAGUCAACCUCAACCAGUGUGUCAGCAACAGAAGCAGAAACAAAGGAAAAAGAGAGUACUAAUGCAUCUCCAGGUGAUACUCAACUUGCAAUGGUCAGAGGUGCUUAUCCUGCAUUCAUGUGCAACCCCUUUCAAGCAUUUUCUUAUUUUGGUCUUAAUGGAAACUUACCCCAAGCAUUGCCCCAAUAUGCCCAACAACAGCUGCCAGGAUAUGUAACUGUUAAACAGGAAAGGAAGGAUGAGCCAACAGAAGAGCAUUUAGACACUCAUGGUCAUAUAAAGACUGCUGUUGAUGUCAGGGGAAGUCCACAAAUCUAUGGUAGGACUAGUGGCACCCCCGUCCAAAAAGAGACUUUUGCAGAAACAAAAGAUGCCGACAAGUAUGCCAUAAAUGUGCAGCUAAACCCUGCACAUAACAAGCAUAACUGAGGUACAUUUGUAGAGAGUCAGCAUUGCAUUAUGCAAUUAUAACUAGGUUUCUGCUUACAACAAAACCACUGAGAAUUUCUUUACUGACUACACAGUUUAUACUAUUAUGUGAAUAAAACCUCUGCUUCUCAGUGUUCCAGUACAUUACUGAAAAAUGGAGACCUCUCAAGGAUCAGGUGUUCUUGUGCCAAAGUUGCUGUUGUUUUUGCUUUGAAAAAGGCAAAGAAUCAAGACUAUGCCACGCGUCAUUCAUAUAGUAUUAUGCAAGAAAGAUUGAGGGGUUUCAUCAAAAAGCAAAUGUUUGUAUGUAGGGGUGAAAAAGGGCUGAUAGAGUUGAAGUAAGUACCCAAAAUUUUGUUGAUAGUGUUUCUCCAAAAGUGGUCAAAUGUGGCAGUAUUUAAUUUGCAUAACUUUGGCAUUAAAUUGGAUACAAGUUCCUUGCCUCAACAGACUUCAGCACUAACAUUUAAGGAUUAUCUUUUCUGUCACUGUUUUUUUCCAAAAUUAUAUUUUCUGCAGUGUUGCCUCUCAUAGUACUUUGUGCAAUGUAUUUGGCAGAUUGAUGUGGGUAAAGUGUUUUUAUAUUGUGGAUAAGGGGAGGGUUUAACUGAAAGUACAUACCAAAUGGGGUUUAGGGUCACAUAAGAAUCACAACUGAGUACAAAGGGGAAGGGUGACUGAAGAUAUAAAAAAUUUUGCCUACAUACUAUGUGAAUGACCCCAAGAAGCAGAUCAAUAUUCAUUGAGAGAUACCAAUAAAAUUUGGGACCUUACCAGUUAUUUUGGUAUUUAGCUUGUAUGUGUAAAGAUGAUACAAAUAUUUUCAUAACUUCUCUUUUAAUACAUGUAUACAAUAAGGCAUAUUUAAGGCAUGUUGCUUUCUGGAGGUGUAUAAUUUGAAGCAUAUGGAUACUAUAUAUUGUAUUGGUUUUUUUAGUAAGCUGACUUCUUAGUGGAAGUUUUAGGAGCAACUUGCUUUUAUUUACUUCGGUAGAUAGAUCAGUUUAUGCUGUAGAAAAACAUUUUAACGUUAUUUUGGUACUGUAGUAUUUUUCUGUUAUAUCAGUAAUAUUUUAUUAAUGCGAAAGGUGAAUAAAUAAGCUUCUGGUCAUUUAAUUUUCUAAAGAAAUCAUGAGUUAUUAUGGAGUUAACAGUCUCUCCACAUCAAUGAUAAAACUUUUUAAGUUUUUAAUCAAUUCAACCAUCCUCAUCAUACAUUUAUCUCUCAGCUGAUAUGCUGUUGGAUUGACUUCACUUUGUGUAAUAAAUGCCCCAGUAUUCAAAGUGUUUGUGCUGUAGUUCUUUCCUAUACGAUUCUUUUUUUCAAGAGAGUUGGCUCCUUUCAUUGCAAUCAACAAAGAGAGAAUUGUCAAGAGAGUUAACAGAAUAACCAGAAAAUGUAGCACUUGGCACUUCACUUUUUGGGUAAAUCUGCAGGUUUUUGAUCUGCAGCUAUUAAAAAUGAUCCAAACACUAUUUUUUUCUCCAAAGUAAAGAAAUCAAGGUACUUUUCUGUUCUAAUUUUAUUAUCUAAACAAUACAGUGGAACCUUCAUAUAACGGACACCAGUGGGACCAAUGUUAUUGUCUGUUGUAGAGAGGUGUCCACUGUAUGGAGGUGUCAUCUUUUUAUAACUUUUGUUUUGGGACUCAAAAAUCUGUCCAUUGUUUGGAGGUAUCCGUUGUAUAGAGGUGUCCGUUGAUGGAGGUUCCACUGUAGUAAGUAAAGCAUUGCAAAAAUCUCAAUUUCUGUCCCAUAUCAACAAUUACCCAGCUGACUGUCUGGUUGUAGUUCACAUAAAGCAACAACAUAUUCUAGACACUUUUUCACUCUGUUAUGUUCACACUAUCUAACUUCAUAUGAAAUAUGUUUUACACAGUUUAUAAGAUAUCUGUGGUUAUACCAAAUUUUAUGUCAUACUGAAAAUGACACAA